AUGAACGAGAACGUGAGCGAGAAGAGCGCGUACACUAUCCCAGAAGAGUUGGACGGUGAGAGUCCAAAGCAGGAACUUUUAAGUUACAACAAGACAGAAGACUACGUCUCGAGAAGAGUGCUUCUUCUUCUAAGAGACCGUUAUUCUAGAGAGAUGAAACUUCUGCCAUUUCAGCUGAUUACCAAUUAUACCUUCAAUUUAAGGUCAGACUUCCUGUCCGAUUAUGUACAGCUUAAGCUUGAUGGAGAUAAAACUGACCCAGUCACCAGUUUAAUGGGUAAAAGACAUCUUUAUAUGACUGGAGUGAUACUGGAUAAUUCCAUGGAGUUGCUGUAUAACAAGUUCAGAUUUGGAUUUCACCUAUCUUCAGUACUUAACAAGGGGACUUUCGGGAACCUUUUCACCCGAUUCGACGUCAGCAGAGACAUAUCAGAAACAGUAGAACUUCGAGUUAGCGCUGAUGCAACAGGCUUCAUGAACCCAAAGCUGUUUCUGAUGAGUCUGAGGAAGAAGUUUAAUGACACCUUUUGGUCCUCCUUCAUACUCACGCUGUCCAGCAGUUUUAUCCCAAACCUGUACGCCAUUUUCCACAAGAACAUUAAUAAACGCCAUUCAAUAGAGCUCACAGUUACCAACGGACUAUACCUAAACUAUCACUAUUUGAAAGUCAUUAGCAAGUAUACCAAGGUUAACUUUAAGGCCAUAGCCUCCCCAGAUAAUAUCGGAAUUGAACUAAGAAGUAAGACCUUGAACGUCUUUGGGACGACUUUAGGUGCCUUAAUUCGACUAUGUCUGAUGAACGGUUUGAGCUUCGAGUGGUUCUUUAGAACGUUUGUCGAGUCCAGUUACUUGGGGAUCAUGAAGGUCGAGUACAGGCUAAGCCUCGUGAAUAAUAAGGUGAUACUGCACCUCAAGGGCAUUAUCAACAACUCGAAGGUAAACAUACCAGUGCUCCUGUUUAAAGGAGACCAAAACCUCGCCAUAUACGUCAUUUCUUCCUUGACAAUCAUUACUCUUUCGUUACCCCUGUUUUACUCAACACUCCGGUCAUUAUAUCACGGGACGUGUGGAGUAGUUAGCCACUACACUAACAAGUGGCAGACUCAAACCCCAGAAAACGAAGGAAUUGUGAGCCGAAUAAGCAGCAUAAUGACAAAUGAAGAAGGUGGAAUUGGCCUCAACGACCUCGACACUGUCACUAAAACCUACUACAAAAACCCGCUAAGGCAUAAUUUUUACUCCUCUUUCCCUCAGUUUUUCUCAACCACCAACUACUACGGCUUUUCUAUCGACAAUGGUUCUGACACUUCCUCACCACUCGUUACGAGUAACCAGCUGGAGGGAAACUUAAACUAUGAACUGAAACAUAUUAAAUAUUACCACUAUAACCCCUCGAUACCUGAGAGAAGCGGGUUACAUGAUGGAGAUGCUGUUCAAGUUAGAAAUGACGAGGAAAUUGUGACCUCUAGUGAGGAAAUGAGUAUGGUAUUGGAGGAGAACAGCAAGUUGUAUAACAUGGCUAAAUCGAAUUAUUUUAAAGAGUUAGAGAAAAAGGGCUUAUUGGUAUUAUUUGCCCUUUAUGGUCACCCCAGAUUACUUGAUUACGUAAACUCUCACCAUAAGUCUAUCCACUUUACCUUCAACAAAUACACCACUUACGAAGAUGAGCUUGAAAAACUACUUAGAAAUUCUGCUUUGGACCUUGACUCUUCACUUGUUAUCAACGUAACUAAUGUUCUCAUGUCAAAGGUCAAUGAAUCCUGUUUAUACCUUUCAAGCAGUAAUAAAGAAUCUUUAAUUGGUUUCACUAAUCCACACCUUCAUUUGUCCGUUAAGCCCAAAUUACUCAUUGUGUAUCACUUAAAUACACCAAAUAGUUACAUUAUCAAUCACAAUUAUCACUGA